UGAUUUCACACUGUCAAUGUCAGUUUAACAAAUAAUCGACUAUUGAAUAUGUUCUAAAAUGGAUGACGAUUGAAGCGAAUUAGGAAGUUUUUAAAUAAUCCAACGAUAAUCGAAAAUUCAAAGCAAUGGAAUCCAAUCCAGCCAACGAGACUAGUCGGGAAGUCGUGGCUAGCCCACCUCCCUCACAAAACUCAAUUGAAACUGAGAUAAUAAGUCCAGUUUCAACAAGAUCCUCAGCUUCGAACUAUGCUUCAGCCACUACUUCAAGCGUUCAUGAAUACAUCCCACCACCCAUUGCCGAUUUUUAUGCACCUCCUCCUUAUGAAGAAGUGACAAAAGAAAGCAAGUUGCCCUCCUAUGAGGAGGUGCAACUUGAGAAGAACUUGGAACAAGAGGACAUGAGAACUGUAGGGAUGGCGGGCCCUCCGUUGCGCACUCCUCAUCAAAGGGUGAUUGCUAUUGAGAGUGAUCCCACUGAAGUUGAUACAAAUUUAUUAGGAACAGAUUUUAUGUUUUAUAUUGCUUUCUUUGUGGCAUUUAUUUUCAACUGGAUUGGAUUUCUGUUGCUAAUGUGUUUCUGUCAGACAAUUGCCUCGAGGUAUGGAGCUUUGUCUGGGUUUGGUUUAUCUUUAGCCAAAUGGACAUUUAUUGUUCAACAUUCCACUGAGUUGGCAUCUAGAGAGAAUGGAUGGUUAUGGUGGUUAAUUAUGACAUUUGGGCUCAUUAUAUGUAUUCGAGCUCUUUUGCAGUACUUAAGUAUUAAAAGAGGUUGGCAUACUUUGUCUGCCACUCAUCAAGAAAGAUUAUUGUUUUUCUAUUAAGCUUUAACUGGAUCUGAAUAUUUAUUGUGAUUUUGUGUGAAUAUUCAUUCCUCAAAUAUGUUAGUAUUAUUUUAAUUGUACAGUGUUCGUUUUAUGUAAGUUACUUUAAUACUUUUUAUUACAUAUUAUGCACAUUCUAAACCAAAAUAUAUAACUACUUAAAGUGUAAGUUCGCAAAUAAGUUUUUGUAGGUCACUAAUUGUAAAAUUUUAAAAUGUAAUUGUGCUAAUUCUAUUAGAUAUGCAUUACAAAGUGUAUAUACUAGAUAUGUAUCUGUGAAUAAUAAACAUUUUGUUUGUUA